GUAGCAAUGGCGGCUGUGCUUCUUCUAUGGCUCUCAUGGCUUCUGUUCUCCCUCCUCUCCGUCUACCUCCUCGACCUCCUUGCACACUCCCGACGCCGCCUCCCGCCAGGGCCACGUCCGCUGCCAUUCAUCGGCAGCCUCCACCUUCUCGGUGAAAACCCACACCGAUCGCUCGCUGGCCUCGCCAAGAAAUAUGGCCCCCUCAUGUCCCUCCGCCUGGGUGCCGUCACCACGGUGGUCGUCUCCUCGCCGGAGGUCGCCCGCGAGUUCCUGCAGAAGCACGACGCCGUCUUCGCCACCCGGUCCACCCCGGACGCCGUCCGUGAUCACGGCAGGAACUCCGUCCCAUGGCUUCCCCCCGGUCCGAGGUGGCGCGAGCUCCGCAAGGUCAUGGCGACGGAGCUAUUCGCGACGCACCAGCUCGACGCGCUCCAUGAGCUCCGGCAGGAGAAGGUGGCGGAGCUCGUGAACCACGUCGGUCGGCUGGCGAGCGAGGGCGCGGCGGUGGACAUCGGCCGGGUGGCGUUCACCACGAGCAUAAACCUCCUCUCGCGCACGAUCUUCUCGCACGACCUGACGAGCGUCGACGACCGCGGGGCGUCCAAGGAGUUCCAGCGGCUGAUCACGGGCAUCAUGGAAGCGGCCGGGAGCCCGAACGUGUCGGACUUCUUCCCGGCGCUCGCCGCCGUGGACCUACAGGGGUGGCGCCGGCGGCUGGCCGGCCUGUUUGGGCAGCUUCACCGGCUGUUCGACGCCGAGGUGGAGCGUCGCAGGCUGCACGGCCGCGACGCCGGAGUGCAUGGGAUGAAGGAUAAGGACGGCGACUUCCUCGAGGUUCUCCUGAGGCUCGCCGCGCGGGAUGACGACACGGCUUGUCUCGACCGCGACACGCUCCGGUCACUAUUCACGUUGAAAAGGGCUGACAUUAGUGAUUUUUUAGCCCAAUAUUGCCAUGGCAGUUUUGUUGCUUUGGCUGUCAUGGCUCUGCUCUCCCUCCUCCCCGUCUACCUCCUCGAUCUCCUUGCGCACUCCCGACGCCGCCUCCCGCCAGGACCCCGUCCGCUACCACUCAUUGGUAGCCUCCACCUGCUCGGCGACCAGCCCCACCGUGCUCUCGCCGGCCUCGCCAAGACCUACGGCCCUCUCAUGUCACUCCGCCUCGGCGCGGUCACCACGGUGGUCGUUUCCUCGCCGGAGGCUGCCCGAGAGUUCAUGCAGAGGCACGACGCCGUGUUCGCCACCCGGUCCGUCCCCGACGCCACCGGUGACCACGCCCGGAACUCCGUCCCAUGGCUGGCCCCCGGGCGACGGUGGCGCGAGCUCCGCAAGAUCAUGGCGACGGAGCUGUUCGCGACGCACCGGCUCGACGCGCUCCGUCGGCUCCGGCAAGAGAAGGUGGCUGAGCUCAUCGACCACGUCUCGCGGCUGGCGCACGAGGGGACGCCGGUGGACAUCGGCCGCGUGGCGUUCACCACGAUCCUGAACCUCCUCUCGCGCACCAUCUUCUCGCGCGACCUGACGAGCCUCGACGACCAUGGCGCGUCCAAGGAGUUCCAGCAAGUGAUCACGGACAUGAUGCAGGCAGCCGGAAGCCCCAACCUGUCGGACUUCUUCCCGGCGCUCGCUCCGGUCGACCUGCAAGGCUGGCGUCGGCGGCUGGCUGGGCUGUUCGUGCGGCUGCACCGGCUGUUCGACGCGGAGAUUGACCACCGCGGGGUAAGGGGCGGUGGCGCCGCUCGGCAUGGGCAAAAGGAGGAGGAGGACUUCCUGGAGGUACUCCUGAGGCUCGCCGCGCGGGACGACGACACGGCGGGGCUCGACGGCGACACGCUCCGGUCUCUGUUCACGGACUUGUUUGCUGCUGGAAGUGACACGAGCUCUAGCACAGUAGAAUGGGCAAUGGCAGAAUUGCUUCAAAACCCACUAUCAAUGGCUAAAGCAUGUGAUGAGAUAGGACGAGUUCUUGGAUCAAGAAGAAAAAUUGAAGAAUCUGAUGUGCUUCAAUUAACCUACUUGCAAGCUGUCAUAAAAGAAACACUGAGACUACAUCCACCAGCUCCAUUUUUGUUGCCACGGCAAGCUACAAAAACCAUCCAAAUAUUGGGUUAUACAAUACCUAAAGAUACAAAAGUAUUGGUAAAUGUGUGGGCCAUGGGUAGAGACAGAGAUGUAUGGCGAAAACCUUUAACGUUCAUGCCGGAGAGGUUCAUAGAAAGGUCCGUUGACUUCAAAGGUGGAGACUUUGAGCUCAUUCCAUUUGGUGCAGGAAGACGAAUCUGUCCUGGAUUGCCAUUAGCUGUUAGAAUGGUUCAUGUGGUUCUAGCAUCCCUAUUACUUCAUUUCAACUGGAGACUCCCAGAUGAGACACAAAGAAAUGGGAUUGAUACGACUGAGAAGUUUGGUGUGACCCUAGCAAAAGCCACUCCUCUCUGUGCCAUAGCAACACCAAAUUGAG